AUGGUAUUGAAGAUACAAUACCGCUACCGUACCGUAAGGCAAUGGUACGGUACCGAUACCGUACCAAAUGUAGUGGUAACCGAUAGUUCGGUAUUUAUUCGCUGUAGAAACCUCCUUGCUACACUGUCGAAUUUAGUUAAGCGAAACAUUCUCGAGUCUCGUUCGUGGGAAUUGUGUGGGGAAGGCGAUGAAGAUGUUUUGCGUUGCAUUUCGCUGUGUUCGUUUACAAGAGCCCAUAUUCUGAAUUUGGUCGUACAUAGUGGUUUAAAAGUCAUUAAUGAGUCGAUUGGGAAAAUUAGGGACAAUGUGAAGUAUGUGAGAGGGUCAGAAACAAGAACUUUGAAAUUUGUCGAGUGUGUCAAACAAUUAGGUUUGAAGACAAGUAAGAAAGUGGUACAAGAUAUGCUGGUUAGGUGGAAUUCUACCUAUAUGAUGCUUGAGAGUGCCCUCUUGUACAAACUUGCUUUUCAGCAAUUGAAGCUCGUAGACAUCAAUUACAAGUGGUGUCCGUUAUAUGAAGAAUGGGAAAGAGUGGAGAAAAUAGCUAAGUUUUUGAGACCCUUUUUCGAGAAGACCGAGCUUUUCUGUGGACAACAUUAUCCAACAGCAAAUCAUUACUUUCCAAAUGUCUGGAGAAUACAGAGGUUGAUACAUGAUGAAAUGACAAGUGGUGAUUCCAUAGUAAGUGCUAUGGCAAGAAGCAUGAAACCGAAGUUUGACAAAUACUGGGAAUGUUAUAGCACAUUACUAUCAUUUGCUAUUAUUCUUGAUCCUCGUUAUAAGCUGCCAUUUGUUGAAUUUGCUUAUGGAAAACUUGAUCAACUCACAGUUGCAAGUAAGAUAGAGGAUUUGAAAGAGCAAAUGCAUGAUUUGUUUGAAGAUUAUUUAUUUGCAUCUCCUUUGACAUCAACACAAUCUUCACAUACUGUUGGUGUUGGAGUCGAUACUGAAAUGAGUUUGAUGCUAUCCAAAGUCAACGAAAUAUUACUCGCAGUCAGUCAGUCUCAGUUAGAGAAAUACUUGAACCAGCCUCUACUUGAUAGGAAGCAAUUCCCAAAUUUGGAUCUGUUAGACUAUUGGAAGGGAAAUGCUACUACAUAUCCUGAGGUAGCAUAG